CUGCUUGACAAGUGGCUAUCGCACUUUGAACGGCCCUUAAACGCCAUCAAAUUCUUUAAAACCGGCCUUCAAACUCCACUGCCUCUAUUGAAAUCUGCAAGCAAUGGGAUUUCCUGCAGGUUACUGUGCUCCUCUAAUCCCAACAUUUCUCUUCAAAUUGCUCUCUGAAUUACGUAAUACAAUAUGUUCGCUCCUCUCUUGGCAGGAAUCGUCUGAUUCCCCCUCCUCUACCAUUUCCCCUGUUUUUACAGACAAAAUAUUGGAAAUUUUGCCUGUGAUUGUAUUCCGAGAUUUUGCAGAAAUGGAGGAGGAUGUUGCUUGUUCCGUUUGCCUCGGCUCUUUUGAGAAAGACGAUGAAAUUCGAGAGCUGUGCAAUUGCUGUCACAUAUUUCACAGAAAGUGUUUGGAUCACUGGAUUUGUCACCGUCAACAGACGUGUCCUCUCUGCAGGCGCUCCCUGCUUCCUCAAAUGGAGGAACAAGAAGAAGAAGACAAUAGCAAUGGAUGGAUUGUCGACCAGAUCUGCUAUCUCCUCGGACAAGAUUUAAUAGUUUCAGGAGCUCAGUAGAAACAUGAUUAUACUGUGAUUAUUGAACGAAGUGUGCGACGCACUGUGUAAAAAAAUAAUUUUUUUUUAAUGUUA